AUGACACAAACUUGGCUUGCAAACCACUUCAAAAGCAGAGUAUACAAGGAUACUAAGUUCACUGCAAAGCAGAUGCAAGAAGAUAUCAAGAUCAAUUUCAAGCUUCAUGUUUCCUUGUUCAAGUGCAAGAGAGCAAGAAAAUUGAUCAUGACAGAGCUUAAUGGAAGUGUCAUCAAUGAAUUCAAGAUGUUAGAAGCAUAUAUUCAGAUUUUGAAAGAGAAGAAUCCUGGAUCAAGGUGUGAGUUACAACUGUCUAAAGAAGCCGCGGAAAGGGGUGCAAGAGUUUUUAGGAGAUUGUUUGUCAUGUUGGAUGCAUGCAAACGGAACUGGUUAAUAGGUUGUAGACCUAUUAUUUGCCUAGAUGGAUGCCAUCUGAAGAGCCUUUCCGGGGGUGUAUUAUUGACGGCAGUUGGGAAGGAUGCAAACGACCAAAUCAUGCCAUUAGCAUGGGCUGUUGUGAGCAAGGAAAACAAGGUUAAUUGGACAUGGUUUAUGUCAUUGAUGAAAGCUGAGUUGGAAUUGAAGGAUGGUGAAAGUGUUACCAUUAUUUCAGAUAUGCAAAAGGGUCUUAUAAAUGCUGUGGAGCUCAUACUUUCGCAAGCGGAGCAUAGAUGUUCUUACGAGGAAGAGUUCAAGGAAAACUUGACUAAGCUUGGGGAGAUCAAGAAGAAAGCUGCAGAUGAGCUUAUGAGUUUGUUAGAAGCUAGGAGCAAACCAAUCGUGCGCAUGUUAGAGGAUAUACGAGUCUUGGUGAUGAAUAGGUUUAGGGAUAGAAAGAGGAUGUCGAUGACUUGGAAGGGAGAGUGGUCCCCUGCUGCCAUGAAGGUGUUCAUGGCAGCUAGGGAAGAUUCUACCAUUUGUCAGGUGUUGUGGAAUGGUGAUAAUGGGUAUGAGAUUGGUGAAGGGUUGGAGAAGCAUACUGUGCUACUCGACAGGAUGCAAUGCACUUGCAGGAUAUGGGGGUUAUGUGGCAUUCCUUGCCAACAUGCAAUUGCAGCAAUGUACCAUUCAAAGAUGAAUCCGGAGAGUAAGAUUGCACAUUGGUAUCACAAAGACACAUACGAAAACUCUUAUGCACACACAAUUCAGCCUGUUCCAGGGGUGAAGUUCUACAAGAUAGAGGCCCAUGCUCCUAUUGAGCCUCCCGCAGUUGAGAAAAAAAAUGGAAGGCCUAAGAAAGUCAGGGUGAGGGCUAGCAAUGAAUCAAGGCAGAAGGCUCACAAGCUUUCUAGGAUUGGGCAAGUACAGCUUUGCAGCCAAUGCAAAUCCACCGGGCACAAGAAGAAUCAUUGCCCCAAUGCAUCAACUGAAGGAGGUUCUGUAGCUUCUACUUCCAAGGCUACAAAAAAAGGAAAUGCUGGAUUGGGAGUGCAUGUGAAUCUGGAGACUGGUAAAACAACAAUCAAUCCUGGCAUGCCAUCUGCAAGAGUUGUGUCACUGGGGGAUGUUUCAACUCAAGAGAGCUCGGAUCCAGGUGUUAGAUUUCCAAUUCCAGAUGAAAGGGAGUGCAAGAGAAAAUACAAAGACAUAGGCAAGAACAAGUCUACGAAUCUGCCUUUUAAGCCACCGGGGCUCAGAUGGAAAGGCAAGAACAGUGUCACUACAGCUGCUUUGGUCGAUGAAGGGGUUGCUAAGAGAACAAGGCUGUCAAAGGCUAAAUCAUCACAAAUCUCUGGCAUUUCUAAUGUCUAUGACUUAGAAUCUUAG